CCGCCCUGCCGCCGAGCCGCCCGGGAGCCGAGCCGCCCUGCACCCGAGCCGCCCUGCCGCCGAGCCGCCCGGGAGCCGAGCCGCCCUGCACCCGAGCCGCCCUGCCGCCGAGCCGCCCGGGCGCCGAGCCGCCCUGCACCCGAGCCGCCCUGCCGCCGAGCCGCCCGGGAGCCGAGCCGCCCAGCAGCCGAGCCGCCCGAGUCGCCGAGCCGCCCUUCUGCAGAGCUUCACGACCUGCCCUGCCUGGUGAGCACAGUCCCACUGUCACUGCGAGCUCUUCCCUACUGCUUGCACUGCUUCGCUGUCGUCGUCAUGGCUACCCCUAGUGUCCUAGCUUUUGACGCUGAGGGUCGCGCCAUUGAUUUUGAGGUCUGGUUAGACGACCUGCAGCUGUUCUUACAGUGCGACAGGGCUGACGACCUUUCUCUCUUUGACCUCACCUCUGGCGCCUCUCCUGCUCCUGCUGCUGAUGCUGAUCCCGCUGUCCGCUCUAAGUGGGCCACCCGCGAUGCUGCUGCACGUCUUGCUGUGCGUCGCCACCUCCCUACCUCUGAGCGUGCGCACUUUAGUCAGUACAAGAGUGCUCAGACCUUGUACGACGCUGUAGUUGCGCGCUACUCCUCCCCUGCCACUGCUGCACUGAGCCGUCUCAUGCUUCCCUACCUCUUUCCUGACCUCUCUGCCUUUCCCACUGUCGCUGACCUCAUUACGCACCUCCGCACUAGUGACACUCGCUACCGCGCCGCCCUUCCUGCUGAGUUCUGCGCUAAGAACCCCCCCCCCAUGUACAUCGCUCUCUACUACGUAGUCGCGCGCCUCCCUGACUCCCUUCGCGUCGGGUGCUCUCCUUCCCCCUUGCUGCCCUCUGUUGCCUCUGCUGCUGCUGCCGACCUGCUUGGUCUUGAGUCGGUCGGCGCGGCGUCUGCCCCUAGUGGGAGACGUCGCUCCAGCAAGGGCAAGGGGGGCAAGGGCGCGGGUGGAGCUGGAGGGGGCGGUGGCGGUGGCGGCGGUGGCGGCGGAGGGAGUGGGGGUGGCGGCGGGACUAGUGGCGGGGUGGUGGUGGUGGUGGCAGCAGCGGCGGAGACGGUGGUGGUGGUGCCAGCGGUGGUGGUGGAGGCAGCGGCGGUGGUGGAGGCGGCGGAGGUGGAGGCGGUGGAGGCGGCAGCGGAGGAGGCGGUGGUGGUGGAGGAGGUGGAGCUGGUCGAGGUGGUACCCAGCAGCGUAGCGGCGGUGGUGGUGGCCCAGCGCUCGCAGCGGCAGCAGCAGCAGCGCUCGCGGGACAUCCCUCCGCCUCAGCAGCUUCGUGAGUGGUACGCUGGGGCGUCAGAGGGGUGGGGGUACUGUGCGUCAGUGCUCUCAGGUACUGGUGAGACUGCGCUCUCAGGUACUGCGUCGUCCUCGUCCUCCCUCACUUUCACGCUUGACUCCGGAGCUUCUCGCUCCUUCUUUCGAGACCGCACUACCCUUACGCCACUCGGCCGGCCGGUUGCGGUCUCCCUUGCUGACCCCUCUGGGGGUCCUGUCCUGUCUCACUUCUCCACUGUCCCUCCGUGUCCGGCUGCCCCUUCGGGCACCCUGUCGGGUCUGUACCUUCCCUCGUUCUCUACGAACUUGGUGAGUGGAGCGGACCUGCAGGAUGUGGGGGUUCACCAGUUCACUCCUGCGACGUCAGCGGGUGACCCACUGCACGGAGGCACGCACAGGCCGACACCUGGCCACGUGGCUGCGUCGGGUCAGGUGCUUGCUGCUGCGUCCCGGUCAGGUCCUGAGUCUGCCCCCUGUUCUUGUCGCCUCCUGUCUCACGAGACUCUCCUGUGGCACCACCGUCUUGGCCACCCCUCCUUGCCCCGUCUUCGGAGCAUGGCUUCCCGUGUCCUUGUCUCUGGUCUUCCCCAGUCUCUCCCUCCUCUCCCCUCCGGGCCAGGACCUUCCUGUGUCCCCUGUGUCGAGGGUCGCCUCCGGGCUACUCCUCACUCCUCCCACUUCCCCCCGACAGAGGCUCCCCUGCAGACGCUUCACAUGGAUGUGUGGGGCCCAGCCCCCGUCCGUGGGCAGGGUUACGAGCGCUACUUCCUGUUGGUGGUUGACGACUACUCGCGUUACACCACAGUCCUCCCCUUGCGCAGCAAGGGUGAGGUCACUGAGGUGCUGAUCGACUGGAUCCGCGAGGCUCGUCUCCAGCUCAGGAAGAGCUUCGGCUCGGACUUUCCUGUUCUGCGUCUGCACUCUGACAGAGGCGGAGAGUUCUCUUCUCGCCUUCUGCGGGACUACUGUCGUGCACGGGGGAUCCGCCAGACCUUCACGCUUCCGGACUCACCACAGCAAAAUGGGAUUGCUGAGCGCCGCAUUGGCAUGGUCAUGGAUGUCGCUCGUACGUCCAUGAUGCAUGCGGCUGCCCCCCAUUUUCUGUGGCCGUUUGCGGUGAGGUACGCGGCGCAUCAGCUCAACCUUCACCCCCGGGUCUCUCGGCCUGCGAUGUCCCCAGCCUUGCUGUGGACGGGGAAGGUUGGCGAUGCGUCUGUGUUCCGUGUCUGGGGAUCUCGGGCGUUUGUCCGUGACUUGUCUGCGGACAAGCUGUCCCCUCGUGCUGCUCCCUGUGUCUUCCUUGGCUUCCCCACUGACGCCCCAGGGUGGCAGUUUUACCACCCCUCCUCUCGUCGUGUUCUGUCCUCCCAGGACGUCACGUUCGACGAGUCAGUCCCCUUCUACCGUCUCUUCCCCUACCGCACUCCUUCCCUCCCCCAUCCCCCGGACUUCCUUGUGCCGGUAGACGUCGUUGACCCGGUCGAGGUUACUGGUGACUCUGGUGCUGCUGCGGGUGCUGACUCUGGGGGUGCUGUGCGCGGGGGUGCUGAGCCUGGGGGUGCUACUGCUGGGGGUGCUGGGCCUGAGGGUGCUACUGCGGAGGGUGCGGAGCCUGGGGUGCUGAGCCGGGGGGUGCUGUGCCUGGAGGUGCUGGGUCUGGGGGUGCUGAGUCGGGAGCUGCUGAGCCUGGGGGUGCUGAGCUGGGAGCUGCUGAGCCUGGGGGUGCUGCGUCUGGAGCUGCUGAGCCUGGGGCGUGCUGCUGAGUCUGGAGGUGCUGCUGGAGCUGGAGCUGGAGCUUAUUCGACCGUCGAGGGUGCGGGUGCUGCCGGUCCCGGAGCUGCUGGACCUGCGGGUUCUCCUGGAGCAAGAGCUGCUGAGGGCAUUGGUGCUGAGCCUACUGCUGUUGGUCCUGCUGCUGGAGGUGUGGGUGGCGCUGGUGCUGUCGCUGAGGGUGCUGGUGCUGUCCCUGCUGAGUCUGGAGCUGCCGCGCGGCCUCGGCCGUACUUCGUUCCGCUCCUGCAGCAGGUUCUUGGUCUUUCUCCUCCAGUAGAGGGUCCACCGCCUGUCCAGUCGCAGUCCCUGCUGGAGCCUUCCUCUCCACUGCCUGCUCCCUCUCCUUACACUGGUCCUACUGGAGGUCUUGCUGAGCGUCGUGAGCCUGCGUCUCGUCCCGCGUCGCCUGUUCGUGCUGCUCGCGCUAGUGGUCGCAGUUCGCGUCAGCGUCCUCCUCCUGUCCCUGGAACGCACCGGAUGUCUUUGCGUCCGUCCACUGCUCCUCUGCGUGCCCCUUUGCCUUCUCCUCCUGAGUCCUCUCUUCCUGCGCUUGCCGACCCUGAGUCAGACUCUCUUCGUGCUGCCAGUCCUACUGUCACGCGUCUGCUUGCUACUGUCGUCACUGACCCCUCUUUUGAGUCCACUGCUGCGUCUGCUCUAGUCGCUGAGCUCGUCGACUUUGCUGCUCGCUGUCGUCUCGACUACGCUGCUCGUCUUGUUGCUGAGUCUGCGUCUGUCUGUCCUCCGUCCGUCGGGGGUGAGUGUGCUCUUGGCACGGACGUCCUAGAGGACAGGCAGGAGGAGUUACAGUGUCUAGCGGCUGCUUCACCUCAUCUCGCGUCUGUACUGCUUGCCCCUGAGGGAGACCCGGAUGCACUAGACAUCCCGACUCCGCGUUCUUACGCGGAGGCCGUAGAGGGUCCCUACUCCUCUCAGUGGCAGGCAGCUAUGGAUGCAGAGAUGGCUUCCUGGAAGUCCACAGGCACCUACGUUGACGCGGUUCCCCCUCCUGGGGCGAACAUCGUCAGUGGCAUGUGGAUCUUCAGGGUGAAGCGGCCGCCGGGCUCUCCACCUGUCUUCAAGGCACGGUACGUUGCUCGUGGCUUCAGUCAGCGGCAGGGAGUUGACUACUUUCAGACCUUCUCUCCCACCCCGAAGAUGACUACUCUUCGGGUGCUGCUGCACAUAGCCGCUCAGCGCGACUACGAGCUUCACUCUCUCGACUUCAGCACUGCGUUCUUGCAGGGUAGCCUGCACGAGGAGAUCUGGCUUCACCGUCCACCUGGCUUCACUGGGACUUUCCCUCCUGGCACCCAGUGGAGCCUCCGACGGCCAGUCUACGGUCUCCGCCAGGCACCACGUGAGUGGCACGACACACUGAGGACUACGCUUGCGGCUCUUGGACCGGAGCACAUGGCUGCAGCGAAGAGGGUAUUGCGCUACCUGUGCAGCACGUCGGGCAUGGGGCUAGUGCUUGGAGGGCGGAGUCCAGAGCUUCGCUGGCUCACCUACCUGCUGACUGACCUUGGAGAGCCGCCUCGUUCUCCUCCAGUGCUGUACGUAGACAACAAGGCCAUGCUGGCCUUGUGUCGAGAGCAGCGCUUGGAGCACAGAACGAAGCACAUUGCUCUCCGCUACUUCCUUGCUCGUGAGCUGCAGCAGCGUGGUCAGUUGCGACUUGCGUACGUGGCCUCUGAGGCCAACACUGCUGAUGUGUUCACCAAGGCACUCGCGCCUUGUGACCAUCAGCGCUUUUGCACCCAGCUGGGUCUUGUGCCUGUCUUGCCUCACUUGCUCUCCUCUUGA